AUGCUGGAUCUUUGUCAUUUGAAUAGUUCACAAUGUUUCAAUAAUGGUACUUGCACAAUGGACUAUUUAUUGAAUACGACCCAUUGCCUAUGUGAUCCAUGCCACGAAGGCAACUUUUGUGAAACAUUUACUAGUAGACAACAUCAAUACGCCACUCCUUACCAUAAUUUAAUUAUCUAUAUUACUGCGCUAUGUAUCUCGACACUUAAUAAUAGUAUAUGUCUUGAACUAUUCAUUAGAUCUAAAGCAAUACGUCGAACGAACUGCGGAAUAUACCUAAUCAUUUAUUCAAUUCUAUCUAUUUUAGCCAGUAUUUUCCUCGUGGCUGACGGAUAUGUAACCUACGAUAAAAGUAUAUUUGAAGGAGACCCAUAUUCGCGUAAUACAUUCCAUUGUGUUGUUGGCGUGGUAAGUUACAAUACAGCUAAUUUUCUAUGUAUAUGGUUUAGUGCAAGUGUUCAACUUGAACGUGGAAUAGUUCUUUUUUCCAAGAAGACAUCGACAAUUACACGAAAACGAUCAAUCAUUGUGUCUAUAAUUAUGCUUGCUAUGAGUAUUGGUUGUGCCAUACCAAUUGUCUUCUACGAUUGUGCCUGGAAUGAUGUGUCUCAUUUAAAAGUAUUACGUGUUUUCUUUAAUGCUUUCCACAUCGCUGUGCCCGUCCUCAUUUAUAUUGUUGCUACUGUCUUAUCUCUAAUUGCUUUUGCACGUCGAAUACGUGCAUAUGGCAUGGAAAAUCGAUGUUAUAUAGUGACAUUUGCUAAAUUAGUAUAUAGUCAUUUAUUUAUUUUCAUACCGCCUUUGGCUUACGCUAUUUGCUAUACACUUUACAAUUUAGUUGCCAGUCGUAGUGAUCCUAUAACAGGCUACUAUCAUUGCGGUAUUUCAUUAGCAGAAUAUAUUAUAAAAAUUAUACUUCGAUCACUCACGGGUGUUCCUUUUGUUGUAACAUGGUUGAUAUUCGUUUAUCCAUCAAGAGUUUAUAUGACUGAAUUUUAUCUGAAUACAUGGUGUGGACAGUGGUCAGCUUGGAUAGUGGCUCAUCUUCGACAAUGUUUUCGCAGAAACAAAGCAUUAGAGCAUCUCAGUCAAUAA